AUGGCGCUCGAUGCUGCUACCGCACAGGAGAUGUUGAAGCAGCUUGCUGAUGACAGAACACAAUACUUCGAGACCCUCAGUCGAGCUCACGAUGUAUUGGCCCAAGCUCUCGCCGCUGCCUCCUCAGGCAGACCUCCCCCGCGCCUCACCACGGAAGCCGUCCGCAGAAAUACUGGAGCUUUAUCCUCUACACUGGAGGUAGAAACUGUGUCGAAGGACUCUGGUAACUCUAUCGAAGAGGAUUCAGAUACGGACGAUGACGAAUCGCUCUUCGUCCAGCAGACUUUGCCCAAAGAGUCGUACGACGAGGAGGGGCUCAGGAAACACGUCAAGGAGUACGAGUGGACUGAGGCUGGCCGAGACAUCUUAGGAGAUAUCGCUGGCAGAGAUCAGGUAGUAGGACAGCGUGGGACAAUCUUUUCUACCAACAUUGGUGAAGCAGAAGAUCGUUCGCAUCUAUCACAUUACAGCAUCUUAAAUGUGGGCAACGACGGGGCGCCUCUGCCCAUCCGACUCACAUCAGAAGCUGAUCUGUCAAGGGCUUUGGUCAUUUGGAACAAGAUCAAGAGCACCAACGCGGGAUCAGCGGAGCAGCGCCUGGCAGUCGGCAGAAUCACCAUCGUUCGAGAACCUUCGCCUCUACUCUUUGCCGCUCUCCACUAUACUAUGAGAGAGCACUUCGACAUGGAUGAGGUAUUCCAGCUGCUCGUUGACGACAAAACCGCAGCUCUACCUCACCGGCCAUUUGAUCUCGAUCCCAUACAUCGAAGGACCUUCGUGUUUACCUUUGAGUAUUUCACGAUCGUUGGCGAUGAAUGUGUACCCAUGAAGUGGCAACGAGCAGACGAAAGAGCUGAUGUUGGAGCCAUGGAAGGGCACGUCCCCAUCAGCAGGUGCUGCUCAGUUGUAGCUCUAUGGCUUGGUGGAGAGCCUGUAUCGAAGAUCAGGAACCGUAACCGGAGGAUCAGCCGCAAGGUUGGAGAUGUCUAUGACCCCUUCAGCCCUUGGCACGUUCUGAGUGUGCAAGCAUAUCCUGACUGGAAAAGCUCGGUCCACAACCAUGGUUCAACGAAACAUUAUGUCAACGGGCCUGAAGCCUUCCUCAUAACUUUACGGGCGGAGUUCAAGGACGCACAAAAGCGACUGAUGGAGGUCUACAACAGGAUCUCCGACCUCGUCAGGUCUCCUCCAGAAUUCAUGUUCAAGCAGAGCAUACGCGACAAGCUUCUCUUCGAAGAUGAUGAGUUCACGUAUAUUAGACGUUAUUUUUGGGCUCAGCAAUCUUUGGGCAUCAUGAAUGAAGACAUAAACGAAAUGAUAUCCGCUUAUAAGUAUACCUUUACAGAUAACGUAUGGAAUGGAUCAGACAAAAUCAUCUGGCCCGGAGACGAGAGCCAGUCCUCGCGCUUUGCUCACUGGCGAAGGCGAAUGGCGGGCCUCCGAAAGGAUAUCGAACAUGAGAUUCGUGGACUGGAGGAAAUCGAUCAACUGAACGAUGAGAAAAUCAAAGAGAUAAAGGGCCUUCGAGAUAACCUCUUCAGUGGCACAUCCGUUCUAGAAAGUCGCAGAUCGGUGCAGCAACAGGCAAUCACAGUACAGCAAGGGCGCAACAUCAAAUUGCUGACGCUCGUUACAAUCUUCUUCCUUCCUCUUACCUUCGUUACCUCCGUCUUUGGCAUGACUAACAUGGAUCCUAUGGCCAGCUUCCGUAGUUUCGGUAUUGUUUUGGUGGUAAUUUGCGUUCCAACAUACAUUCUUAUUGGAUCGCUCAACACUGAGGGCGGUCUUCUAUUCUGGUCACAACAGACAAAAUGGUUACAUAAUCACGCUUCGCAUACACUUGCUUGGACCCUUGGUGUCUUUGGAUUCGAGCCGAGAUGGACGUCGAGGUAUCUUCAUGGGUCGGAAGUCCCACAUGCCGCAGACCCCACCCCGCAACGUACCCGGCAAAAACGGUCUCAAUCCGCAUCAGACGGUAUGGCCGCUCGUGGCGCCGAGCAUGCACCUCAGUCACCCGGUGGUCACAACACAUAUAUGAUGAGUCCGGCCGUAACACUCGAACGUAACAACGUGGUGAAAUUCGACAAGGGACUCUUGUUCGAUACGCCGAGAUCACCAGUUGCGGAAAAGCUUGACUCCCACCAGUCUGGUCUGCACAGGCGCACUUCCCUAGAGACCAGAUCUGAGCGUGAAAUUCGAGACCUGCCUCGGACUGCGAAGGAAGGCUUAUUUGCAAGACUACUAAGCUACAAGUGGAAAGGUGAUGCUAAAGAUGAAGGGAAAGAUUUCUGCUGA